AUCGGGGGCGUCUCCUCUCCGGCCCCAGCCCCUUCCCCGGGGGGCUUCUCCUGAGCCCCGCCGCCGCCGCGCACCAUGAUCCGCAAGAAGGGCGCCAGGCCGGAGGCGCAGGACACCGGCUUGCUCCUGGGCCCGGGCCAGAGCCCCCCGGGCCUCUUGGGCGACCCCGACGACCUGCCAAACGGGGCCCCCGAAGGCAGCUUCGUAAGUACAGCGGGGCGUGGGGUGGGUGGAGGUGAUGCGGACGAGGACGACGCCCCCAUCUACGUUUAUGGCACCGAUGGAUACGACUACGCUGACGCCGGCAGCGGCAACUAUUUCAGAGAUGGGCAGACGAAGAUCGACUUCGUGCUGGUCUGGGAAGAGAAGGUGCGGCCCUCGAAGAAGAAGAGGCGGAGCAAGCCGCCCCACCGCGACGGCGACAGGGGGGCAGAUCCGGGGGGCGGCUGGGAGCAGGCCCAUGGGCGGCGCGAGAGGUGCAAGCGGAAAUUCCUCAAGAACCUGCGGAAUGCCGGACUCCUGAUGGAGAAGGAGGAGACGCGGAGCGAGCGCAAGAGCAUCCAGUACCUGAAGCUGAGCGCACCCUGGGAAGUGCUGGUGUAUUACGCGGAAGAGCUCUGCAUGCGGGCCCCGCUCCAGGCUCACCCCAACCCAGACCGGAACAGCUCAGCGGACCUGCUCCACAAGCUGCAUGUCCCCAACGUCAUGGAGCAGAGGGUGCCCAAGAAGCCCGUGGACUACUACACCUGCGCCUUCCGCAAGUCCAAGCUGGACAAGUUCCUGGGCAGCAACUCGCACAACUCCUACUUCACCAACACGCAAAGGCAUCGCAUUGUGUAUGAGAUCCUGGCCCGGACCAUCUACGGGAAGCGGAAGCACGCCGAGAUCGGGAUCGACCGGCUGCUGAACGAGGGCGUGUACUCCGCCGCCUUCCCGUUGCACGAGGGCCCCUUUGAGCUGCCCGACUACGAGGUGCUGGGCGAGGCACUGAACCCCCGGCAGGUCCUGUUCCGCUUCUGGGCCCAGUGGCGAUGUUGGUACAAGUACCAGCCCCUGGACCACAUCCGGGCGUACUUUGGAGAGAAAGUGGCCAUCUACUUCGCCUGGCUGGGCUUCUACACGGCUUGGCUGCUUCCGGCUGCAGUCGUUGGCACGUUUGUGUUCCUGGCCGGCCUCUUCGCCAUGGGGACAAACACGCCCGCGCAAGAGAUCUGUAGCAGUGGGGGGCAGUUCCUCAUGUGCCCCCUUUGUGACACUUGUGGCAACUGGAACAUCUCCGAGAUCUGCCCCAUGGCGAAGGUGGGCUACCUCUUUGACCAUCCAGGCACGGUCUUCUUCAGCAUCUUCAUGUCCUUCUGGGCUGUGAGCUUCCUGGAAUACUGGAAGCGGAAAAACGCCACCCUGGCCCACCACUGGGACUGUAUGGAUUUCCAAGAGGAGGAGGAACGGCCUCGGCCUGAGUUUGCGGCCAGGGCCCCUUGCAUGGAGCAGAACCCCGUCACGGGGGUGAAGGAGCCCUACUUCCCCGAGCGGGACCGGCUCUCGCGCAUCCUGACCGGGUCCAUGGCCAUUAUCAUCAUGCUCUGCGUGGUAAUGAUCUUCUUGGUGUCGGUGAUCAUGUACCGUGGGAUCGUCAGCACCAUGAUGUACCACACGGGGAACACGAUCUUGAUGACCCAGGCAGGGAACAUCGCCAACAUCAGCAGCUCCAUGGUCAAUCUGGUCCUCAUUCUCCUCAUGAGCCAAGUCUACACCUCUCUAGCCGAGAAGCUCACCAGGUGGGAGAUGCACCGGACUCAGACGCAGCAUGAGGACGCCUUCACCUUCAAAGUCUUCAUCUUCCAGUUUGUCAACUUCUACUCCUCCCCUUUCUAUGUGGCUUUCUUCAAAGGCCGGUUUGUGGGCUACCCCGGUCAAUAUGGAAAACUCCUGGGCAUGAGGAACGAAGACUGCGGUCCAGGCGGAUGCCUCAUUGAGCUGGCCCAGCAACUCUUCAUCAUCAUGGUCGGGAAGCAGAUUGUCAGCAACAUCCAGGAGUUCCUUUUUCCCAAGCUGAAGGCCUGGCGCCAGAAGCGGAAGCUGGCCCGGGUGCGCGGCUCCCAGAUCAGCCAGGAGCCAAAACGCUGGGAGGAGGACUACGAGCUGAUUGAGUGCGAGGGCCUCUUUGAGGAGUACCUGGAGAUGGUGCUCCAGUUUGGUUUCAUCACCAUUUUUGUGGCCGCAUUCCCACUGGCGCCACUCUUUGCGCUGCUCAACAACUGGGUGGAGAUCCGCCUGGACGCCCAGAAAUUUGUCUGCGAGUACCGCCGCCCUGUGGCAGAGCGGGCCCAGGACAUAAGCGUCUGGUUCUUCAUCCUGGACGUCCUGGCGCAAAUCUCCGUUAUUGUCAACGCCUUCCUCAUUGCCUUCACCUCCGAUUUCUUGCCACGCCUCCUCUACCAAUAUGAGUACGACAGCCACCUCCACGGCUACGUCAACUUCACCCUGGCCUAUUCCCCGCCCAGCUACGUGGACAGCAACCACACCAUGUGCCGGUACAAGGCCUUCCGCGACGCCCACGGGAGCUACACCCUCUUCUACUGGAAAUUGCUGGCCAUUCGCUUGGGCUUCAUCAUCGCCUUCGAGCAUGUCGUCUUCUUCUGCCUGCGCCUCAUUGACUGGCUGGUCCCGGAUGUCCCUGAAUCCCUGGAGGUGAAGAUCAAGCGGGAGCGCUACCUGGCCAAGCAGGCCCUGGCAGACAACCAGGACGUGCUGCUGACGGUGAGUCGCGACUCCUCUCCCUCACCAGCAAGCAGCUUUUUACCCAGCAGCAUGAUCUAGCGAGGCCAGAAGCACAGAGGCUGUCGGAUUCCCCUCCGCUUUGGACCAUGCGGCGUGGCGCACGGAGGGCGCUGGGGAUGUGGCAGAACUCCCGCUCCUGCAUGAGGCCUUUAAGGAACCAGAAGGCAGACGACGGA